AUGGCUGUCCAUGUGAAUAAGUGCAAAAAACCAUGGGGAAUAAAGAAAAAUAUGACGAAAUCAACGAUUUUAUACAUAAAAACAAUAAACUUGCUCUCGAUGAUAAACCUAAGGUGAUAAGUGAUGAACCGAAAAUGAUGAGAUUAGAUAAAGUUGUGACAAUGAAAACUAAAGUUACCAGUAGGAGUAGCAAUUCAUUGUUCCUUUUGCUGAGGAUGAUAAAUGGAGUUGCUAUAGUGAAGUGUUUAGUAUUGUUUUGUGUGGUGUCAAGCGUGAAUGGACAUAAAGAACAGAGAUUUGCUAUCGAGCCUCAAGAUCAGAGUGCGGUGGUAGGAUCCAGGGUGACUCUCCCUUGCAGGGUGGAGAACAAAGCUGGCCAGUUGCAGUGGACUAAAGACGACUUCGGACUCGGCACGCAUCGGCACCUGAACGGAUACGAGCGGUAUAAGAUGAUAGGGAGUGAUGAGGAAGGUGACUACUCGCUGGACAUCAAAGAAGUGACUCUGGAUGACGACGCGGUCUAUCAGUGCCAAGUCAGCUCGGGACCUAGGGGAGAACCAGCUAUUCGUUCGAGGUAUGCUCGUCUGAUUAUCCUCACUCCUCCUGACCCUCCGAAGAUCCUGCAAGGUUCGGUCCUGCAAGCAGUUGAGGAUAGCGAAGUCAAUUUGGAAUGCGUCUCUGUUGGUGGGAAACCAGCUGCUGAGAUCACAUGGGUGGAUGAUGAUGGCGGUGUUCUGACUCAAGGGGUCACGUACACUGCAGAACCUUUGGCAGAUGGACGAAGAUACACAGCCAGAUCGAUUCUCCAUCUCCGGCCUAGAAGACAUCACCACAACCAGACCUUCACCUGUCAGGCUCAAAAUACAGCAGACAGGACGUACAGAUCCACAGCUAUAAAGUUGCAGGUCCAAUACGCACCAAAGGUCCGAGUGUCCCUCAAAUCCGGAGUGAAUAAAGGUCGAAUACAAGAAGGAGAUACAUUGGUUGUUGGCUGUCAAGCAUCUGCCAACCCUAACGAACUCACAUACAAGUGGUACGUGAACAACGAUCAGAUAGUUGGUGACAGCAGUGAGCUGGUACUGAAGAACAUAUCCCGGUCAUACAACGAGGCUACAGUCAAGUGUGAGGUGCACAAUAUCAUUGGAAAGAGUGCCGAUACGAAGACCUUGGAAGUGGCAUAUGGACCAACCUUCCUAGAGCGUCCCAAGAACGUGGAAGUGGAAGCUGGAUCGCAAGCUACCCUCAGCUGUAAGGUUGAUGGCCAUCCAUCCCCGAAGGUUCUAUGGCUGCGCUAUGAAAACGACCGGGUUAUAAGAGUGGGCAAAUCUCAAAACUUGACCAUCACGGUGACAGCCCAGUCUGCAGGACAAUACUGGUGUAAAGCCACCAUCGACAGCCAGCAAGACAUUGAAGCACCCGCCAUGAUUUUUGUAAGAGGGCCUCCAAAAAUAACGUCAAACAGCACCCAAUAUGGAGUUGAAGGGGACAGCGUGAGGAUAGAGUGCGUCUCCUUCUCAGUUCCAAAGCCAGACUACAUCAUGUGGACCUAUGAGGGGAGUGAGAUCAAUACCUUCCACAACCAAGAAUACGCUUUCCUGGAAGAAUCACUGGCAGAUCGUAUGACCAAAUCCACGUUGAUCAUAAGGAAGAGUGAAUCGAGGCACUUCGGGUCAUACAACUGCACUGUAACCAAUCUGUAUGGGAUGGACAGCAUUGAGAUAAAACUGGUGGCUGACAAAACCAACUCCCUAAUCCUGAUAGUUUCCGGAGGCGCCUCAGCAGCGAUCCUAGUGCUCAUCAUUAUGCUGAUCAUCAUGCUGUGCCACCGGAAGACUAAGAAGUCAGACCCUUCGGUGAAGAAGCCCGACAUCACGGAUAUUGGGAAGAACUGCGCUGACCAGUACAAGGAUAGCGAUAGGAGUUCCAAUAUCAGUGAUCUGAAGCUGGAACUGAGGCAGGUGGAAGGUAGCUGUGACAUAGACAACUCAAACGCCGGUUCUGAAACGGACCUGCACCCAACCCUGCAUCUAACGUCAAACAUGGGCCUUCCCCUGGCGGGACCAGUUCCUCUGCCCGAGGGUUACGACAACCAGCUGAUGAAGCAGUACCAGAGGUACAGCGGGGACUUCAAUCAGCCCAUAAACAAUUUGCAUUUUAAG